AUGGAGUCGGUUGCUGAGGUCCUCCAUCUGCCAACCGAGGGGAGCGACUUCUCAGUGUAUAUAAAUGAGGUUGCAUUCCAAGCGGUUUGCCGGGAUGUUUCGGAUACUGAGAUGCCAAUAGCAAUAUCCGGUAAGAAAACCUCACUCAAGCCGGAACUCAGACCGCUAUGUGAAAUUUUAACUAAGUCGGUUCAGGCACGGGGAGGCAACUAUGAUAGCCUCACCCGAAUGAAGAUUGAUAUGAUUGCCGGUUUAGUCAACGACACUAAAAUUAACUGGGCGAAGACCGGAGGAGAAGAAGGAAAAACAAAGGUCUCCGGCAAUACAAGCGGCCGAAGAAAGACAACAGCUAAAAAGAAGAAGGCUCCGGCUAAAGAAAAAUCCGGAAGCAAGGCGGAUAAGCAACCAACCGGAUCGACUAAUCCACAGUCCGACAUUAUUAACACAGAAAAUUCAUCAUCCAGCUCUGGCCGAACCGCUUCACACCACACCGGAGAGGAUCGGACUGGCAAAGGGAAAGAACCAAUGGUCGAAGAACAAUCGGCCAGAACUGAUAAUGUUGAUGCCGGUUCGGGUAGACAACAGGAAGAAAAUGAAACCGCAGAUGAACACAUUCAGCAAAUGGGCGAGGAUCUCGUCAACCAAAUCAUGAAAGAAAUUGACGAGCAGGCUCACGCUGCAAGUGACGUCUACUUUAAAUGGGCCCUGAACCGGCAGGAAAUUUUCUACAAAAACAUGCUACCAGAACAUCCUACUAACCGGAAAUUCGAAAAGCUGGUUGAGAUGGAAGCGAAAGUCAUCAACCUCACAAAGGCUCAGAGCACCUUGACCGCUCUUCGACGAAGUAGGAUGGUCGAACCGCAUGCACGGUUACUGGGGCUCACCGAACACAUCCAACUUCUUCAAAGAAAGCAUAUCCUAGGGACAUCGGACUCUCAAUUUGAGCUCUUGGUGUUGGACAUGCUAGCGGUCAAAGAACAGGAACUGACCGAGGAGCUGGCACGGUUGGAAGCUGAACCCGAACACCAAGAGGCGUCAGUCUUCUCCAGAUUUCAACCUGAGGAUGAAGGCGGUCCGAAUCCGGCCGAAGACGAGCAUAUCUCUCCUCCACCGGAACAGGAAAUCAACAACACCGAACUCGGAACGGGUACACCGCCCACUAAUCAACACAUAUCUCUUCAAACCGACAAUGAAUCGGUACCGACGAUAACAGAACAUAGAGUAAAGGAUCUAAUCGAGGAAUUUGUCAAUGCCGCCAUUCUGUCGUGGCAAAAGAAGAUAAAAGAAACCGCGACUAAAUCCAUCGAAAUGAUUGAGUCUACAAAUAAAGAGCUAGAAACCGCGGUCGGACGGAUCACGUCCGUUGAGGACAAAUACGACAAGACCGACCUUUUGUACAGUGACACAACUGACAGAACUAAGGUAUUGGUGGCCGCAACUAAGAAGCUGGAGACCGACCUCGCUCUUACCAGCCAAAAGGUCGGUAUGGCAGAACUAAAUCAAUUAACAACCGAUCAAAGGCUGAAAAAAAUUGAUGGGGAUCUGGCUCAAUCCGGUGUCCAGGCCGGUUCUACACUUGAGAGAGUGACAAUGCUUGAAGAGAAGCAUGCCAAGACCGAGGCCGAUCUAAAGGCGGUCACCGAACAGCUGGCGGAGAUGAUAGCGGCAAAGCUGGCAGCCGACAAAGCACUUGAGGAGGCAAAUGAGCUCGCGGCCCAGAAGAUUCAAGAUGCCCUUGACGAGCAAACCCGACUUCAAAAGGAAACGGAGGAGGCAGAUGCGAACCUGGCCGGACAUAUGCAAACAUUAAAAAACAUUGCACCGGCCAUAGCGGUUCAGCAAAAUGAAGAUGCGGCUCGACUAAUCGGCCAACAAUUAACAUACAAUGAGUUCGCCGAGGCUCACAAGAAGUCCAAAGCGGUUGCUUCCCCAUCUGGUCCGGUUACAAGAAAAAGAAAGGCUUCUACCAAGAGGGCGGCAAUUUCAAAGUUAUUGGACAAUGUUACUGAAGCGGUUUCGCAAGAAGAUGACGAUCUCGAGGAAGAAAUCGUACCGCUAAACAAAAGACCGCGAGGUCUUGACGUAAUUCCAAUUAGAUCGUUUGCUCCACCGGCUCCCCUUUCACCGGUACUUCAGGCGGUCAAGGAUCCUUCUCCAGGCCUGUUCCAACGGUCAAGGGAAAGAACUCAAACUGUUGAGGAAUAUCUUUAUGUUGUCUUUGAUGAGCCUGGUGAGAGUAACUCCAUCGAUCCCAUUGACCUUGCUGACAGACUAGAAGCGACGAGUCUUGAUUCUGUUAGUGAGAAAGAAGCUCUUGACAAACAGUUGUCGUUGUCUGAUCUUGUGGCUGAUCCGGUUGAAAUUAAAAUAGACGUACAAACUCCUAUUCAACAACCUGUUGAGAGUUCUGACGUCGCGGUGUCAUCUGUUCAGACAACCAAUCCCUUUGGAUCCAACUUCAGAUGGAACAAGAAUCAUCCACCAGAAUUAAUCAUCGGAAAUCUUUUUUCUCCUCGAAGGACAAGAUGA